AUGUGGGCACGGCGCGCAUUUACCUUGAAGAACAAUACGUCUACUUCUUUUUACAACAACGCCGCGAGACAACAAUUGGCAACACGCACGUUUUCACAUAGUGGUGGUGUUCGCAGCGCUCUUUCAAACACCUACGUCAAGUACAAUUGGGAAGAUCCAUUGGAUCUUGAGUCGCAGCUCACCGAUGAAGAGCGUAUCAUGAGAGAUACGGCUAGAAAUUAUUGCCAAGACAAGCUUAUGCCGCGCGCAGUGAAUGCAUUUAGACAUGAAAAGUUUGACCCCGAAGUAUUGGCAGAAAUGGGUGACCUGGGUCUUCUAGGCGCCACUAUUGAAGGCUUUGGGUGCGCAGGUGCUUCUUCGGUCGCUUAUGGCCUGAUUACCCGUGAAGUUGAAAAGGUUGAUUCGGGAUAUCGUUCUGCCAUGUCUGUGGUUUCUUCUUUAGUCAUGCAUCCCAUCAAUACGUAUGGCACGGAGGAACAAAAGCAAAAGUAUCUUCCAGGCUUAGCUAAGGGAACUAUAAUUCCAAGCUUUGGUCUUACCGAACCCAACCAUGGAUCCGAUCCAGCUGGCAUGGAAACACAUGCUCGCAAAGAGGGAGAUCAUUAUGUAUUGAAUGGUAGCAAGUCUUGGAUUACCAUGGCUCCUAUUGCUGACAUGCUUUUGAUUUGGGCAAAGAAUUUGGAUGAAGAGGGUGCUCCUGUCCGUGGAUUUAUCGUGGAAAAGGGUACCGCUGGUCUUGCUACGCCCAAGAUCGAAGGCAAAUUCUCCUUGAGAGCAUCUAUCACCGGUAUGGUCAUGAUGGAUGAGGUGCGCAUUCCGGUGGAGAAUAUGCUACCGAAUGCCAAGGGCUUGUCGGGUCCGUUCGGUUGCUUGAAUAAUGCUCGAUUUGGCAUCGCAUGGGGAGCUCUAGGCGCAGCAGAAGCGUGCCUGGACGUGGCACGCAACUAUACUAUGGAAAGAAAACAGUUUGACCGACCCAUUGCUAGUAACCAAUUAAUCCAAAAGAAACUUGCAGAUGCUCAUACUGAAAUUGCUCUCGGUUUGAAUGCAUGUCUGCAAGUGGGUAGACUCAAGGAUGCUGGCCGUGCCGCUCCACAAAUGAUUUCCAUGAUGAAACGAAACUCGGCUGGUAAAGCAUUACAAAUUGCGCGUGAAUGUCGAGAUAUGCUGGGCGGGAAUGGUAUUGUGGAUGAAUAUCACAUAAUCCGUCAUCUCUGCAACUUGGAAAGCGUUAAUACAUACGAAGGAACAUCGGACGUGCAUGCUUUGAUCUUGGGCAAGAGCAUUACUGGAAUCCAAGCAUUUUAUUAAAGCAUAACUAGCAGUACACAUCGUUCAUGUACUUAUAAAACGUCUGCUUUUUUUAUAAAUGUAUACCUAAAAUAAAUUGCUAAGCAUCAGAUGAUAAUAGACUACAUGAUGAACAAUGAGUUUUCAGAUACAUAUCUCAUUCCAUAAAAAUUAGACUAAUAAAAAGGCCGACAGCCAAAUGAGGAUAUAUGUCACCCGCAAG